AUGAUUUCCAUACCUCAGUCUCAUUUCGACUGGGAUCAAGAUACCAGGAACCCGUUUAACUGGACCCAGCGUCGGAAAUGGACGACCAUCGCCGUGGCAUGCUGGGUAACCUUCAUCACCGGCCUCAAUGCGACAUCCAUCACCACGGCCGCCGAAGUCGUUUCUCGCCAGUUCCACCUCCCAGAUAAUCGGAUUGAGGUCAACUUCUUUGCCGUCGUGGCAUGGAAUGCCGCUGCCGCAUUUGUACCCCUCGUCACGCUUCCGCUUAUGGACACGUACGGUACUAGAAUUGGAUAUUUGGCGUGCUAUGUGCUCUUCACCAUCUUCGUCAUUCCGCAGGCACUGGCACAGAACUUUGCCACCCUUGUGGUGAGCCGUGUCUUUGCCGGCGCUUUUGGCGGCACGGUGCAAAAUGCGGCCGAUGGUAUUAUAGCCAAUGUGUUUCGCCAUCACCAUGAGCGAGCCUUGCCUUUAACGAUUUAUAUCCUGGCCUUACUCAUGGGAGUUACCAUGGGACCCGUGCUCGGCGCUGUUUUUGAGCCUCUGAAUUGGCGAUGGAUAUUCUGGGUUCAACUCAUCAUAUGUGGAGCGACAUUGCCUCUUGUUGCUUUCUGUGCCGAGGAGACACGAGGUUCUGUCAUUCAAGCGCAGAUCUUGUCAAAGACCGGAUCUGCUGCCCCGGCCAAAUUGUCUGAGGAUGAGAAUCCUAUCAGAAUGCUUAAAGAGACCAUUACACGCUCUGCCAAACUCUUAGUUGCCGAGCCAACAAUCACCUCGUUUACAAUAUGGACCUCUUUUGCGUUCGGCCUCGUCUUCAUCUCGACUCAGUCGGUCCCUCUCGUGUUCGCUCGGGCAUAUAGUUGGGGUUCCUACAGCAGCGGCUUGGCCCAGUCCGCCAUCGCCAUCGGAGAGAUAAUUGGCUUUGCGGCCUGCCUCUAUCAGAAUCACAUAUAUCACGACCCGGUUCCCGAAUCCAUCUUGUAUCUCUCCAUUCCAAGCACGGCGAUAGCAUUAUCUGGCGGCCUGUUCAUGUAUGGUUGGAGCAUCUUCCAGGCCCAUUGGGUUGUCACAGCUUUAGCGCUGCUACUUAUUGGUUACGCAAGCAUGGUGAUUGUGACGGCUGUCACGAUUUACAUUACACAUUCUUAUGCCGGGUUUGCUGCCAGUGCCAUUGCCGCCGUUGCAUUUGGUGAGAAUUUGUUCGCGGCUUUCUUGCCUUUGGCCACAAAGGCCAUGUACGAGGACUUGGGAUACCAGUGGGCAAGUAGCUUGCUCGGGUUUGUUGCUUUGACCCUGACGCUUGCUCCUAUCAUUUUACUGUGGAAAGGCCGUGCUAUCCGAGGGAGAGGUAAAAUGGUUCAGAGUUUACCACGCUGA